AUGGCAUCCUGUGUAGCACCAUCGCUGAAACAAAGACAUGUUAUAAUCAUCUUGAUCUUCACCAUUACUAUUCACAAUGUUAUUGCAUCUACCUCUGAAAAUCCCAAGAAGCUUCCCAAUUUUGUGGUUGUCUUGACCGAUGACCUCGAUUUGACAUUGGGUGGUGCGGAUGCCUCAACCUUGAAGAAGACUCGAAAUCUGAUCGCGGAUCAGGGCAUCACCUUGACCAAUUGGUUUGCACAAACGCCAGUAUGCUGUCCAUCACGUGCCGAACUACUCACAGGGCGAAUGCUCCACAACAUUCGGAAACCAUCCAUGGAUGCCAUUGGAUGCAUGUCGGUCGACGUCCAAGAAGAUCUGAAUAUCCCCUUUUACCAAGAAUACUACUUUGCUCGUCACUUUUCGGAAGAUCUCAAUUAUACUGUAGGAAUCUUUGGCAAACAUUUGAAUACCAAAAAUCCAAAAGGAUGUCCUCGUGGUGUCGAUCGAUGGUUGAUCAAUGGAGGUGGUGACUAUUUGAAUCCUUCCUUUUAUUGGGCAUCCAAGGGUGUGGAACCAACGACGGUACACUUUGAUAAUUGCACAGACACUACUGGAAUGCCAUGCUAUAGUACGUCGGUGAUUGGCAAUGCCACUAUCGACUGGAUCCGGGAACAUUAUCACAAGACAAGAAGACGGAGGGGCGGUGAUGAUAAUGAUGAUAAUGAUUGUACUCAACAACAACAACAACAACACGAACAACAACAACAAGAACAGCCAUUCUUUGCCUUGGUCUCCGUCAAGGCACCUCACCUUCAGGAUGGAGAUGGUUUUCCAAAGGCCAUACCAGCACCAUGGUAUGAAAAUUGCACAAUACCCGAGACAAUUGCUCCACGGACACCCAACUACAAUCACUCGUGUCCCGACCAUCAUUGGUUGGUACGGAAUCAACCACCCUUGACCCAGUUGCAAGGAAAAGAGGUGGACGAACUCUACCAAUCACGGCUAAAGACAUUACUAUCAGUGGACGACUUGGUAGAAGGAUUGGUCCAAACCUUGCAAGACUUGGAUUUGUUGGAGAAUACCUACCUCCUAUUUACUUCGGACAAUGGCUUUCGAUUGGGCCAAUUCAGAAUGCCCGAAGCCAAGUUCCAUCCAUACGAAAACGACAUUCGACUGCCCAUGAUGAUGAGGGGACCCAACUUACCGAGUGCUACUAGAACUGGCACCACCACCACCACCACGAGUCAGAAGAACUCAAUCUUGGGAACCCAUGUGGACUUGAUGCCCACCUUGUUGGGAUUGGCCACACAGACUUGGAACAAUUCCAUUGUACCGCCGACCAUGGAUGGUUCCAACCUGGCUGGAGCACUGGUGGUGGACCACAGCACCAGUAUCAGAAGCAACAACAACAACAACAAAACCAACAAUGCCUCUUUUGGUGUAGAAGAAUCAUCACCGUCGAUGCAAGCAAACCCAUCCUCUGCAAUUCUUGUGGAAUAUCCGAGUCUCGGAAAUGUAGUACGCUAUCAACACUUGAUGGAUACUUACAAUCACACAUUUUUGGCACUCCGAAUCAUCGUUGACAAUGAUGAUGAUGAUGAUGAUGAUCGACGUUGGAACAUUAAGUAUAUUGAAUUCUUUGAUUGUCGAGAGGAUUGGAACUUGACCGGGCCUGCCUUGGAAGCAGAGUAUUACGAUUUGGAUCAAGAUCCCUUUGAGAUGCAAAAUCUGAUUCCCACCAUUUCUCUCCCAUUUCGAAGAAGACUACAUGAGGCAAUGAUGAUGCUGUACAAGUGCAAGGGAGACAGUUGUAGACGAGCAUUAGGAAGAGGAGCGUUGGAGCACGUCAUGAACGACAAUAACAACAACAACAAUGAUAAGGUGUCCACGUCACAAUCAUAG